AUGGCCGACUUUUCCGCGGUCAUCAACUCAGUUCCUCCCGUGACAAGAGCUCUUCUUGCUGCUACAGCGGUGGUUACCAUUCCAUGUCUUCUUGGAUUGAUUUCACCUGCAUCAGUCGCACUGAUUUGGCCGCGGGUUCUUCGCAAAUAUGAGGUCUGGCGUCCGCUUACUUCAUUCUUCUUUGGAGGGUCUGGGUUCCCACUCAUAUACGAUUUCUUCCUGAUCUAUCGCAACUCUUCGGCAAUGGAGCGUGAAGUGUAUCGCAAUGAUACCGCUGAGUACGCCUGGUUACAUCUCAUGUUGGGAAUUCUCAUUGCAACAUUCAACAGCUUGGUCGGUCUUCCUUUCCUUUUCCGCCCCCUUCUUCAUGCCCAAACAUAUGUGUGGUGUCGAGCCAAUCCUACUGUCAAGGUUUCUAUCUUUGGAUUACUUACAAUUCCAACGAGCCUCUAUCCUCCGGCUCUCAUCUUUCUCGACUUGUUAACCGGAGGUCCAAUGAAGGCGCUGGGCGGCAUAUUGGGUCUUUUGUCAGGUCAUCUUUGGUGGUUCAUUUCGACGUAUCUUCCCUUGCAUGCGCCCACUCAUUUACGGCGACCGAACCCUCUCGCUCCUCCUGUACGAUUUCGUGCGCUAUUUGGGCCUUCAUCUCACGCAUCAACUGGAUAUAGGACUUAUCGACCCGAAGCACGUAGUACAGCGACAGCAGCGAACAAUCCAUCCGCUGCCGCUGCAAUGCGACAUCGUUGGGGCGGAAGUGGUCAACGACUGGGUGGAUCUGCCCUAUGA